UGGGGGUAACCCGGAAGUGCAGCGAGCAAACAGUCUAGCACAAAAGUUCACCGAACACCCACACAAACACUUUGCUAACUAUUCUUCUUGCUACUGUCACGUCGUUCAUCUUUUGUAAAAUGCCCGAAAUACACACGCCAAGGGUUGUGGCCGUCUGGAGCAGCGCCAGUGAAGGCCUGGAGGGCUUCAAGGCCCAUGCUGUGUUUCAGGAGAUUAACAAGAAACUGCAGCAGGAAGGCGAGGCGUUUGUCAAGAAGAUCGGUGGCGUGUUUGCCUUUAAGGUGAAGGACGGCCCGGGCGGGAAGGAGGCGACGUGGUUUGUGGACGUCAAGAAUGGCAGUGGUCGCGUGCACAAUGACACAGCCAAGAAAGCGGACUGCACCAUCGCCAUGUCCGACUCUGACCUGCUCGCCUUGAUGACCGGAAAGAUCAACCCUCAGACGGCCUUCUUCCAGGGUAAGCUGAAGAUCACCGGCAACAUGGGCCUGGCCAUGAAGCUGCGCAACCUGCAGCUGCAGCCCGCCAAGGCCAAGCUGUAGACGGCACAGGACGAGACUCUGCUCUGUAAGUUGGGCCUUGCUGGGGAGUCGCCACUUGAGACUUGACUGCGACUUGUUGCAGGAGGGCCUCCAAGAUGGACUCCCUCCCUCCCACACGUGUUUUCCAUUUAGCGCUGCAGCCUCUCCCACCUUUGAUCAUCUGGAAGCCUUUCCUGCUCCCUCGGACAGCGUGGGCGCUUUUUUUCUUUUUUUUGCAGCUCACCCUCCCAAGAAAGAAAUUGAUGCAUUUGGAGCCAGCCACUUUGUGUUUGUUGCGUGUCAGCUUUGACGGAAGCUUGCGGAUUGCCGCGCUGGCUGCACUCGUCUUGUUGCCGUGACCCACUUUUCUGCCCGGUGCUCACAGCGGGAUUACUCAUGUUGGAGCCCACCGGGAUGUUUGCGGUAUUUAUGUCGUACACACCCCCUCCCCCUGCUCCGAGGGGUGUGCGCGUGUGCGAAGGACACACCUCUACAUCUUCCCAUCUUUCUUCUUUCUUCAGUUCUUCAGUAGUUCAGACUUUUUUUUUUUUUUUUCCCUCUCGCCCUGUUCGGUUUUGCUUUGCCAAUUAAUGUAGAGCAAGGAACUGGAAGUGCACCAUUUUCUACACUCUUGACCUUGUGUUGUUUUUCAAUCCCACUCUGCUCUUGAUCUGUGAUGUGGCGUCCGGUUACCAGGACCACCAACAGGAAACAUCCCCAAAAUGUUUUCAGGACUGACUCUAAACACUCAAGUCCUUUUAGUGUCUGGGAAAAACAAAUGUAUACAACUCAAUCUUAGAAUGAUCUUCAUUUGAUUCAAGAUGUCAAGCAUAACACCAGCGAUGGGUUCUUUUUUUGCCCCUAUCAACCUUUUCCUGUAUGAUUAAAUUCAAAGGGUUACAAUAAAGUUUGUUUUCAUACCAAGUA